UGACGUAGUAGACAUUCUAUAUAUAUAGGCUGCACAAGUAUGUCAGUAUUCAUCGGUCGGCGGUUCUGUACUCAGCUUAACAAUGAAUAACAGCGGUUCGCUGGGUGUGAUAUGGUUCACGUUUGCGUGCUGUUUGUUCUUCGUCAUCACAUACAACAGUCGCAAUGUGCACUGCUCGCAUGCCGCCAACGCGAAAGUUUACACGGAACAAGAACCAAAUCAUCUGAAAGAAAUUCACUCACGUGCGCUACUGUACAACCAGCACUCGUUAAAGUCGGACUUAAGUCUCGAGUGAAUUGUUAUUCUACGGAAUAUACAUAUAGACAGUACUGGAUCGAAAACGGUAAGGAGAAGGUGACCGAGAAACUCAAGUACGUGAAUAAAAGAGGCGUCGCCAAAAAUAUAAUCAUGUUUCUGGGUGACGGUAUGUCGCUGACUACGUUGACGGCAUCGCGUAUCUACAAAGGUCAAAUGGAAAAACGUUCCGGUGAGAAUGAGUACUUGAGUUUCGAGAAAUUCCCAUUUGUUGGCAUGUCAAAGACUUACUGCGUGGACAAGCAAGUGCCUGACUCGGCAUGCACGGCCACCGCUUACCUGUCAGGCGUGAAGACCAACUUUGAGAUGGUCGGGUUGUCGGCCUCGGUGAAGCUGAACGACUGUCCCGGGUCGGUGGUGCCCGGUAACCAGACAGAGUCCCUAGCCGAUUGGUCUAUGGCGAAGGGUAAAGCUGUCGGACUGGUGACUACAACUCGUGUAACGCACGCAUCCCCCGCCGGAAUGUACGCGCACGCAGCGAAUCGGGAAUGGGAGUCGGAUGCUUACUUAUCAAAGGCGGCGAAUAUAACUGACGUGACUCAAUGCGAGGACAUAGCCAAACAGCUAAUAACGAGAAGCCCCGGGAUAGACUUGAAGGUGAUACUAGGUGGAGGUCGUGAAAUGUUUUUUCUUAAUAAUACAGAUCAUAAUGGAUCAAGAUCUGAUAUGGAUCUCGUACAAUUUUGGAAGAAAGAUAAAGCAAAACGUUUUGGAAAUGAUAAAUCAGCAUACGUUGAAAACAGAGAACAACUAUUAAAUGUUGACCCUUCUAAGACCGAUUAUUUAUUAGGUCUUUUUGAAAAAAGACAUAUGAAAUUUCAUUUGCAUGCGGAUGCUAGAAUACAGCCCACUUUGAUGGAAAUGACUAAAAAAGCCAUAGACAUUUUGAAGAAAGAGAAAAAUGGAUUUUUCCUGUUCGUUGAGGGUGGACUUAUUGAUGCGGGGCACCACAAAACAAUGGCAAAAUUAGCGUUGGACGAGACGGUGGAGUUUUCCAAAGCCAUCCAACAGGCUGUCGACAUGACCAGCGAAGACGACACACUGAUCGUCGUUACUUCCGAUCACUCACAUACCAUGACAAUGGCAGGUUAUCCGACGAGGGGCAACGACGUUUUGAGUACUUUCGGGUCACUUGGAUCCGAUAAUUUGCCGUACACUACGCUUAGCUAUGCUAAUGGUCCGAAAAAUCAUCAGUCUGAUGAGAAUUGCGCUCGUCAGGAUUUAUCCAAUGUUGACACAAAUGAUCCGUCGUUUACGUAUCCUAAUAUGGUGCCAUUGAAAGACGAAACCCACGGAGGUGACGACGUUAUGGUAUUCGCCCGGGGUCCUUGGGCCCACCUGUUCUCUGGAAAUUAUGAACAGAACCUUAUACCUCUGACGAUGGGAUUCGCGGCUGGUGUGGGACCGGCUGCCAAUCUGGAGGGUGGUCCAGCCGCGUUUACAUCCGCUGGAUUUAGCGCCGCGGCCAUCUCGUCGCCGCUCGCUAUACUCAUCAGUGUCUUACUGACAACAGCUGUUAUCCAGCGCGUUUGUUUGUAGACUACAUUUGAAACAUCCGUUUUUCGAUUACAAUAUUAAUCUGUACAUUUUUUUCUGUGUAUAACAAUGUCUUAACUAGUCACAAUGUGAUGGUAAAAUUAAAAUUUUUAUUUGGGUAA